AUGAAGGAAAGUACCAGCUUCCCCAGAUUGAAAAAUGACGAUGUUCUUAACAUCUUGGAUAAAUACGGCAUUUCACCUCCCAUAAAAGGUUUGCCCCGUGACAGAUCAGAAGCAGCAGUCCACUACUAUUACUAUUAUGGAGUGUUUCAACAUCUGGCUCAAGAAGGAUACCUUUCUACAACCUCAAAAUCAUUAUGCAUCCGAGGCACAAAAUUGGAUCAAGAAGUCAAUGCAUUGAAGAGUGUUGGUAUUUCUGAUGUUAUCAUGAUUUCAGGUCAAAGUUUUGAUCGAUUUGGAAACAAUACUUUUGAUUUCGCAUUUUUUGGUCCAAGAACUAGUCUGGAUUUUGUGUUAGUUGACCAGCCUUUUGAAAUUGCUUCUGAAGUUUGUAGGAUUCUUAGAUUUGGAGGGUACUUAGUUGUUCACAUAGCAGUUAAAGAUGAGUAUAGUUUUAACUCUUUUCUUAGUUUAUUCACCUGCUGUAGAUUAACAACAUUUAGAGACAUUAAAGGCUUGAAUUCGACCUCUUCUCUUCGUGAAGUCGUACUAAGAAAAAGUUUGGAAGAUUCGAUUUCGGAUGAUACUGCCCAAAGAUGUGAUAAUAACACAGUUCCAGAGUACAAGCGGGAUUUAAUUGGCGAUCUUGAGCCAUUGGAAGAAAAAGAACCAAUGGAAGACUGGACCGAACAGGGAAAGAACCGCGAGAGCAUCAGGUUAUUCAGGUAUCUCCCUACCAUGGUUGAUUUAAUUUACAAGAGGAGGUACAUUUACAUUGACAUGGGAGCUCGAACUUACGAUUCAACGAUUGGAAAUUGGUUUAAGAAGCUGUAUCCAAAGCAAAACAAAAACUUUGAAAUCUUCGCAAUUGAAGCAGACAAAUCUUUUCAUGAAGAGUACAAAAGGAAGAAGGAUGUCACGCUUCUGCCAUAUGCAGCAUGGAUAAGGAAUGAGACAUUAGUCUUUGGGACAAGAAAUAAAAAAAGGGAAUAUACAGGCAGGAUUCAAUCAGGACGGCCACAAGUUUUGCAGGACUACAAGGGGGAGCAAAAUGUUGUACAAGCCUUUGAUUUCGCAGAUUGGUUGAUAAGGUCAUUUUCCAAGCAAGAUUUUGUAGUCCUUAAAAUGGAUGUUGAAGGAACUGAAAUGGAUUUGAUCCCAAGAUUGGUGGAGAGUGGAGCAAUUUGUUUGAUUGAUGAGUUGUUCUUGGAAUGUCAUUAUGAUCGUUGGGCGAAAUGUUGUUCGGGUAAGAGGACUAAGAGGUACAACUCCACAUAUGAUCAAUGCUUUAAUUUGUUCUCAAAACUCAGGCAGGCUGGUAGCCUUGUGCAUCAAUGGUGGUGA